UGCUGUAUUGCUGUUGACAGAUAUUAUGCAGUAUGUCAGCCUCUCAUCUACACAACCAAAAUAACUAAUAGAGUCGUUUUGGUGAUGAUUCUGGUAAGUUGGGGUAUCUCUGGAUUAAUUGGAGUUGGUAUAACAAUUGCAGGCUUAAAUCAUAAUCCUUGUAAGGAAAACUGCUCUUUGCAGGAUCAACUGUCCAGUACUGUGGGUCCCGUAUUUUCUUUUUAUCUUCCAGCACUUAUUAUGUUGUGCAUAUACUUUAAAAUUUUCCUAGUUGCUCAGAGACAGGCACGCAUCAUUAAAAGCAAUAAAACCUCUGGAGUAACAGCAAGUCGGGGGGAGAGAAAGGCCACAAGAACUCUUGCUAUUGUUAUGGGUGUUUUUCUCAUCUGCUGGGCUCCUCUGUUUGUUUGCAUUACCGUUGCUCCUUUCAGCACUGAUGCAGUGCCAUUUGUUGUGAUUGAGGCCCUUAACUGGGUAACACUGACUAACUCAAUGCUUAAUCCAUUUAUUUAUGCUUUUUUUUACAGCUGGUACCGGACAGCUUUCAGAAUGAUCAUUUCUGGAAAGAUAUUUCAAGGGGAUUUUAGUAAUUCAAAGCUGUCUUGA